GCAUCCACCGGCUUUCCACCUCCAGCUCUGUCAAGGGCCUGUGUGUGCCCGGUGGCAGGGGUUUCUCUCGAUGUCUUCCAUCUGUGUUGGGGGUGCCUGCUGGUCCCCCAGCCUCCUGGGAGCCAGCAGCUCUGGCAACAUGUCUGUGUCCUCGUCCCACUUCUCCGUGGGCACGGGGGGCAGCUAUGGCAGGGGCUGCUUCUGCAGCCUGGGUGGGGGCUUUGGCUCCAGCUUUGGGGUGGCAGACGCCCUGCUGGGGGGCAGUGAGAAGGAGACCAUGCAGAACCUCAACGACUGCCUGGCCUCCUACCUGGGCAAGGUGCGUGCUCUGGAGGAGGCUAAUGCCGAGCUGGAGGUGAAGAUCCACAACUGGUACAAGAAGCAGGGCCCCGGGCCCACCCUCGACUACAGCCACUACAUCAAGACCAUUGAGGACCUGUGGAGCAAGAUCCUGGCAGCCACCAUCGACAAUGCCAACUUGGUGCUGCAGGUCGAUAAUGCCCGCCUGGCAGCCGAUGACUUCCACGCCAAGUAUGAGAUGGAGCUGAACCUGCGGAUGAGCAUGGAGGCCGACAUCAACGGCCUGUGCAGGGUGCUGGACGAGCUGACCCUGGCCAGAGCUGACCUGGAGAUGCAGAUUGAGAACCUCAAGGAGGAGCUGGCCUACCUCCGGAAGAACCAUGAGGAAGUGAACGCCCUGCGAGGCCAGGUGGGUGGUGAGAUCAACGUGGAGAUGGACGCCGCCCCCGGUGUGGACCUGGGCCACAUCCUGAACGAGAUGCGUGCCCAGUACGAGAAGAUCACGGAGAAGACCCGCGAGGACGCCGAGGGCUGGUUCUUCAACAAGGGGGGUGGCCUGCGUGAGCAGACGGAGGAGCUGAACCCUGAGGUGGCCACCAACACCGAGGCCCUGCCGAGCAGCCGGACGGAGAUCACGGAGCCACGCCGCACCGUGCAGAACCUGGAGAUCGAGCUGCGGUCCCAGCUCAGCAUGAAAGCGUCGCUGGAGGGCAGCCUGGCAGAGAGCGAGGUGCGCUGCGGGGCCCAGCUGGCCCAGCUGCAGCGGCUCAUAAGCAGCAUCGAGCAGCGGCUGUGCGAGCUCCGCUCUGACCUGGAGCGGCAGAGCCGGAAGAUGCUGCUGGACGCGAAGACUCGACUGGAGCAGGAGAUCGCCACCUACCGCCGCCUGCUGGAGGGCGAUGUUGCCCACCUGGCCACCCAGUACUCCUCGUCCGUGGUCUCUCAGCCCACCCGGGGAGCCGCGGUGACCACCCGCCAGGUGCGUACCAUCGUGGAGGAAGUCCAGGACGGCAAGGUGGUCCCCUCCCGCGAGCAGGUCCAUCGCUCCCCCCACUGAGGCCCCGUCUACCUGCGACAGCCCAGCCUCCAGGGUCAAGGGGCAGCCAUUGCCUGCAGCUCCCAGCACACUACUGCUGCACCCCAAGUUCCGGUCUGGGCCACCGCCCAAGAGCGGUUGCCUUUCCGUAUCUGCUUCCCACAGCCCCUCACCAAGGGGACCUCCUGAGUUUGCCCCAGUGACUGCAAUUGAAGCUUUGCUUGAAGUUCAAUGCCUCCUGUGGUUUGGUCUGGUCAUUGGCUAGGGAAGUGUGGGCUGAGGGAUGGGGGGGACAAGGAGAGUUUGUGGAGGGUUUGGGGCUGCUUGUCCCCUGCCAGCCUGUUCUGCACCCCCCAUCCGGGCCUGGGGCUCGAAGGAGGGAGACGGGAGGCUCGAGGGCUGAGGGAUGGGACAGCCCAUCAGGUUGGGAAAGUUCCUGAGAAUCAGCCCCUGGGUGCCCAUUGCCUGUGGCUGGUCCCUGGGAGAGCCCCGUAGACUUUCCGGGGAGCCACACCUGUUAUAGACAGCUCCCUGUCUCAGCCUGGGGCGGUACAAGGUCAAGAUCAGAGGGAGAGGGGCUGGGCAGGAGGCUUUCUGGAGAAGUGGUCCAGGGUGCUGAAGCGUGCGAGGGAUGGCAGUGGCACGGCCAGUCCAGGAAACCAGACCGGCUCUGCUGGGCUUGCGGGUGUGUGGGGUGGGGUGGCCCCUCUGCAUAUGAGCAUGGGCGGGGGGGCGUCCUCCUUGCUUUGGUGGCUUAGCAGCUGCUGGGCUCUUGGGGAAUCUCUCUCAGCUGCUGGCAGGGGCUGUCUGGGCCUGUCUGGGAAGUGGAAGCCAUCGGCAGUCUGAGACACGAGCACGUUCCGCCCACUGGGCCUGCUGGGACCCUGGA